AACGGGCCAGAAGAGGCCGCAGCAGGUGCGAAAGAGUCCAGCACGUCGGGCACCAAUCUGCUUCGGAAGGGUGGAUCGAUCCGGGGACGAUGCCGUCAAAAUUCAGGUACCAACCUUGCCGGGAAUUCAACGUGGUCGUUCUGGGUGCAGGCGGCGUUGGGAAGAGCUGUCUGACUGCCCAGUUCGUCCACAAUGAGUGGAUUGAGAGCUACGAUCCCACCAUCGAGGACUCGUACAGGACGCAACAGUCCAUCGAUGGCCGUCAAGUGGUGUUGGAGAUUCUCGACACGGCUGGCACGGAGCAAUUCGUUGCCAUGCGGGAUCUAUACAUGAAGUCCGGGCAGGGCUUCCUCCUCGUGUUCAGCAUCACCUCGAAAAGCUCGUUCGAGGAGCUCGAGAUGCUCCGGGAUGACAUCAUCCGGGUCAAGGAUGACGAGGACAUCCCCAUCGUGAUCGUCGGGAACAAGGCCGACCUGGAGGAUCAACGGGCCGUUGACCGCGCCAAGGCCUUCGCUCUGUCUCAGCGGUGGCAUGCGCCCUACUAUGAGGCCAGCGCCAGGACACGGACCAAUGUCGACGAAGUCUUCAUUGACCUCUGUCGGCAAAUGCUGCGCCGGGACGACAGCCACGACGACUCGCGCGAUGAGCCCACUUCCAACCGUGCUGACGAGUGGGGCGCCAAAAGGCGCCGCAGGAAGAAGCGGAAGGAGAGGUGCAUCAUACUCUGAGGGACGUUUGUGCCCCCCUUUCAGUCGCCUAUUGCCCGGGGGGCUCUCUGUUGGGUGCCGGAUGAACCAGACAUGAGCUAUGAGCGACGAAUGAUCUAUGGACAUGCCCGUCACGAUUGAAUAUGAGCUUCUCGGAUGGCGAGGCGUUUAGUGGAUACCUAGCUUCUAGCGCAGAACGGGAACCGUUUUGUUUUUUGCUGGGCGUGGUCUGCUUGUUCGAUUGCGACUUGUAACGACACAAGGCCGCGACCCGACAGAGACGUGGCACAUGGCA